AUGAAUAUGACAUCACCGUGUAAUUUAUCUCGAAAUGUUUCUCCGGCUAAUGAUGAGUUUACAUAUCGAACAGAAGCUUAUCUUCAAGAACGAGAAGAACAAUCUGUUAGUAAAGCUUUAGUACCUUUGACAUCGAAAAUUACGUGGAGAAAUGUUAUGCAACAAAAACGUACAUUAGAAAGUGAGCAAGAAGAAAUUGAUCGAGCACUUUCGACGAUUAAUUCCAUCCAUGGUUCGUUUAAUCGUUCAAUGUUAAGACCACAUAACGAAGUUUAUCCGUCACUGUAUGGUGAUGAUGAUAAAUCGAGUCGGUUAUUAAAAUCUUUUUGUCAACGGCAAGAUUAUUAUACGAACUAUGAUAUUUCGUUAAAAUCUACGGUUAGUGAUGAUGAAGAUAGCAAUACUCAAGACCUUUCGAUUUCCUAUGGAAAUUAUUUUGAUUCCGAUUUCGAUGAUUAUUCAGACGAUGAAGAAGAAAAAGAAAAUGAGAAGAAAAAAUCAUGUGAUAGUGGCUUUGGUAGUGCCUUGCCAAAGCGACAUUUUUCACGAGAAUCAUUACUUAAAUUUACUCAAUCUUUGAGUAAGAAUUAG